CGUCUUCCAGCCAGUAGGCAGAGACGUGCAUCCUUUUACUUGACAGAGCUGAGGAGGAAAAAAAAAUCAAAAUGGCGAUGCACGGACCUGGAAGAUCAGCUAACGUCAGUGCACUGUCAUCUGUUACUUUCCAAUUGCUGCUGAAACUGACAGCAGUCUACUUUGUCUUCUAUUUCCUGUUCACUCUCGGCUUGAUCAUCAGAAAGAGCUUGGUGCUGCCUUAUCCUGUUGAUGCUCUGGUCUGUGAUGUCUGUCUGCUGUUCCUGCUGGCUGCUCUGGAUUUCCUCCAUUUUUUCUGUGGUGUGAAGGGCAACCUGACGGAGAGUGAGCGCUAUAUUCUGGCUAACCUCAUUGUGACAGGGACAACUAUCCUGCUGACGAUCUACUUCCUAGUGUGGCAGACAUACGUGAUGAGGGCAGACGUAAUCAUUAGCAGUGUCUUACUCGUUGCCUACGGCUUAGAUGGAGUCCUGGCUCUCAGCACUCUAGCCCGACUGGCCAGGUCAGUCCCACUCUCAUUAGUUUUCAUCACAGACAGUAUAUAUUAAACCUCAUUGGCCAUAGACUGGCUCAAUGGAUGUACAUUGCUGGGAUUGAGCCUGACAUCACGUGCCUGAUGCCUCUCACUAUCUCCGCUAUUGGGGCUUAGUCCCACCCUGGCAAUGUCUGGCAAUGCAAGACUACACCAGCUAUGAUAGAUGGCUUUAUUGGAUUUUUGGACAUGUGAGAUCACAAAUCUUUUUUUGACAGUUGCACGUCAGCAUAAAUGAUAGACGGGUCGGUAAAUUGCAAUAUCUGGUGUCAUACAUAGACUACAUACUGUACUUCAUUAUCACAUGAAAAGACUGGCCUACAUCAUAGUCUCCAUUUAUUUUGAUUGACAAGAUAUUUCGACAUAAUUAGCAUCUCAUACGUAUGUUUUGAAAUACCUGACUGCACUGAGCUUUCCUUUUGUUCAUGCUUAGGUCCAUGAUUGAAAUAAGCCCUGGUUCCCUUUAGGACUAGUUUGAAUUAUUGAUAUGGGUGGCAUUCAUUCAAGUGAUACUGUAUACCUUGUACAAUGUCGUCACAUCCACAAAUUUUCCUCUCAAGAUAGAUCCCAGGACAAUAAUACAAUCUCUUAUUCUGGAUGGAUAUUGUUGUAUUCAGGUGGCUGAUGGCCGAAAUACAUUCAUACAUCAACAUGGAUGAAGACUUGUGAAAAACCAAACUAAACCUGCAGUCAUUUGCAAGAUUAAUUUUGGAUAAUUACACAUUGUUUCAUACACUUUUUUGUGUCUCAUGUGCUUUAAGUUUGUUCAGGUACAGUUGAAUAUACAGUAAUAACUGAUUGGUUUUUGCUCUUCUUU